GUCUAGUUAUUACAACAAGCCCAGGAUUCACCAUUUGAUUGUCCUCACAGGUUCUCGGUAUCACCCCUUCUUGCAUCAUGUUUUCAAGAGCUUUAUUCUCAUCCACAUUCCGGCCUCUCUCUCGGUCGUCAUACGUCUCACCACCGCUCUCCGCAGGCCUUCGGCUUCCCUCAGUCCUCCAUGCCCGGCUACUUUCGACUGAAACAAGGUCCGCUAUUGAUAAAGCAGUUGGCUCUGCUCCCGUUGUCCUUUUCAUGAAGGGUACUCCGGAGACGCCACAGUGCGGCUUUUCACGAGCAAGCAUCCAGAUUCUAGGUUUGCAAGGGGUAGAUCCCAAGAAGUUUGUUGCAUUCAAUGUGCUGGAAGAUACUGAGCUCCGCCAAGGCAUCAAAGAGUAUUCGGACUGGCCAACAAUCCCUCAACUGUACCUCGACAAGGAGUUCGUUGGUGGUUGCGAUAUCUUGAUGUCUAUGCAUCAAAACGGAGACCUUGCAAAGAUGCUUGAAGAGAAGGGCGUCUUGGUUGCUGUUGAUUGAGUUCUUGACUCAAUCGAAAUUUGGAGGCCUCUUAUCAUUAUUUGUCCCCCCACCCCCCUUUUUUUUUGCCUAAUUAUCUUGUACGAAUAGAAUCCCAAUAUGAAAUGUGUGAUAGCUUUCUUUCCUCUCUUUCUUUCCUUUUUUGCAGUGAUUCUUGGUUAAGGUUUAAGGUUUUUAAAACCAGCAUCAAUGUCUUACCGAUGAACGAGCAGGUCACAACAGUAUCU